AGAGAGAGAGAGAGUCGCGGUGUGGGAUGGGAUGGGAGCAGAGAAAAGAGACACGGAUCGUCCUGCCUGCAGUCCUGUCUCUCUCAGCGGAGCAGCAGCAUCGAGCCACUGCGGCAGCCCGGAGGAGCCCCGCCUUCAGAGAGGAGAGGACCCUGCAGCCGGGCUCAGUCCCACCUGAAGGCCUCCACAGCAGAAACAAGACAAGGAUUAAAAGGAGCUUGGUGGAGGAAAAAAAUAAAUCUCUUGACAGCCUGGACGAAUCUGCUUCCACAAGCGCAUCUUGUCCCCCAAAACUUUCUUCCUGCGUCACCAGACUCGAGCUGUUUUAUUUGUUUUUGUUUUUGUUUUUUGUUUGUUUGUUUGUUUGUUUUCUUACUCUGGUGAUCAAAUCUAAUGAUUUCCCCGUGGAUCCCUGAGAUUUGAUGAGAAAUGUGUCCGCUGGAGCCGCUCUGUCAUUACCUCUGACCUCUGCUGGAUUCUGGGGAACUUGUUUUGAUUGACCCACAGAAACCUUUACUUCACCUCCAUUCAACAUGCAUCCCAUCCCAUUAAGACUCAGCUAUCUGUUUCUUCACCUGUUUGCGCUUUGCUACCACGCUCAGGUAACCAAUCAGUCCCCGCCUAAUUUCACGCAGCAUGUGAGCGAGCAGAGCAAAGUGACAGACCGCGUGAGCCGCAGGUUGAUCCGGAUCUACCAGCUGUACAGCCGGACCAGCGGCAAGCACGUGCAGGUCCUGCCCAACAAGAAGAUCAACGCCAUGGCUGAGGAUGGAGACGCGCACGCUAAACUCGUCGUAGAGACGGACACGUUUGGGAGCCGAGUGCGCAUCAAGGGAGCCGAGACGGGCCUCUACAUCUGCAUGAAUAAGAGGGGGAAGCUCAUUGGCAAGAAAAACGGACAGGGCCGCGACUGCAUCUUCACAGAGAUUGUCCUGGAAAACAACUACACGGCGCUGAGGAACGCUCGUUACGACGGCUGGUACAUGGCCUUCACCCGGCGUGGGCGGCCACGGAAGGGCUCGCGGACACGCCAGCACCAGCGUGAGGUGCAUUUCAUGAAGAGGUUGCCAAAGGGGCAGCAGCCCACCCACCCAAGCCAACACCGGCCUUUUGACUUCAUCCACUACCCUUUCAGCCAAAGGACUAAACGUACACGAUACUCGUCGGAGCAUUGAGGAAAGGAGAGAAGCAAAGUAAAAAAGAUGGAAAGAGGAAGGAGAAACUGAACUAUUGACUCAAAAACACCAUCUAAUAACACACUUCUGUCCAAAAAAGGAAAAACUAGAGACAUUUUCAUGUUAUAUCCUUAUACUUAGUUUAUUUUGUACGUUUUUGAAGUUAAAAAAUGUAAGAAAUCUAUUUUUGUACUCCAAAUUUUUAGUACUGAUGUGUAGAAAAUAUUAACAAAAUGAUAAAAAAAAUAUAUAUAAAAAAUAUAUAGAUGCACAUGACUUAAUGCAGGGGUGUCCAAAGUGUGGCCUGGGGGCCAUUUGAGGCCCCUGAACUUAUUUUGUGUGGCCCAUGACUUCAGUUCAAUAAUUAUACUAACUUGUAUCCCCGGCGCAGGUGUUUGAUGUAGAUGGAGACGUUGUAUUUUUUUAUUAGGACAAAAUGAUCACAAAGUCAAAUCUUCUCCCAAUAACAAAUAUUGGCAACAAUAUCAAUUAUUUGUCUUUAAAUAACCAGACUCUUAGCUUUAGUGAUUUCUACUGAAAAGCUGAUUUUGCUGCACUCCAGUCUGCUUUAAAUUAAUUUAUUGAAUUUGUCUGAAUACAGCAAGCGUUUUCA